UGAAAAGGUGGUGAGCACCACCUUCGCUAUUGAUCUAGUCCAUAAGUUACGUUGGUGGCCUCAGGAUCGCUGCGCUCUGCUAUGUUCAACGUGGAAAGCUUAGAACGGGCCGAGCUUGGGGAGAGCCUCCUUACCUGGAUCCAGACAUUUAAUGUUGAAACACCAUGCCAGACUGUGGAAGACUUAACGAAUGGGGUUGUGAUGGCUCAGGUGCUUCAAAAGAUAGAUCCAACUUACUUUGAUGAAAACUGGUUAAACAGAAUCAAAACAGAAGUAGGAGAUAAUUGGAGACUAAAGGUAAGCAACUUGAAGAAAAUUUUAAAAGGGAUAUUGGAUUAUAACCAUGAGAUUCUAGGGCAGCAGAUUAAUGACUUCACCCUUCCUGAUAUUAACCUGAUUGGAGAGCACUCUGAUUCUGCAGAGCUUGGGAGAAUGCUUCAGCUCAUUUUGGGAUGUGCUGUGAAUUGUGAACAGAAACAAGAGUACAUCCAGACCAUAAUGAUGAUGGAAGAAUCAGUUCAACAUGUUGUCAUGACAGCCAUUCAGGAGUUGAUGAGUAAAGAGUCCCCAGUCUCUGUUGGAAAUGAUGCUUACGUUGACCUUGAUCGUCAGUUGAAGAAAACUACAGAAGAAUUAAAUGAAGCCCUAGCAACAAAAGAAGAAAUUGCCCAGAGAUGUCAUGAGUUAGAUAUGCAGGUUGCAGCACUUCAAGAGGAGAAGAGCAGUUUACUUGCUGAGAACCAGAUUUUGAUGGAACGUUUGAAUCAGUCUGAUUCUAUAGAAGAUCCCAACAGCCCUGCAGGUCGUAGGCACUUGCAGCUGCAGACCCAAUUAGAACACCUCCAAGAAGAAACAUUCAGGUUGGAAGCUGCCAAAGAUGACUAUCGAAUACGUUGUGAAGAACUAGAAAAGGAAAUGGCAGAACUGAGGCAACAGACUGCAGAGCUUAGUACGUUAGCAGAAGAGGCUCAGUCUUUGAAGGAUGAAAUAGAUGUACUCAGGCAUUCUUCUGAUAAAGUGGCCAAGUUAGAAAGCCAGGUAGAGUCAUACAAAAAGAAGUUGGAAGACCUGGGUGAUUUGCGGCGGCAAGUGAAACUCUUAGAAGAGAAGAAUACAGUGUACAUGCAAAACACUGUGAGCCUGGAGGAAGAACUAAGGAAGGCCAAUGCAGCACGUAGCCAGCUGGAGACAUACAAGAGACAGGCAGUUGAACUACAAAACAGAUUAUCUGAAGAAUCCAAGAAAGCUGAUAAAUUAGAUUAUGAAUGCAAACGGCUGAAAGAAAGAGUAGACAGCCUCCAAAAAGAAAAAGAUAGAUUAAGAGCAGAAAGAGAUUCUUUAAAAGAAACUAUUGAAGAGCUCCGAUGUGUACAAGCACAGGAGGGUCAACUUGCCACUACAGCAUUGAUGCCUCUGGGAAGCCAGGAACCUUCAGACAGUCUAGCAGCGGAAAUUAUUACUCCUGAAAUCAAGGAGAAACUCAUUCGCCUUCAGCAUGAGAACAAGAUGUUAAAGCUGAACCAAGAAGGUUCUGACAAUGAAAAGAUCGCCUUGUUACAGAGCCUGCUUGAUGAUACAAAUUUACGGAAGAAUGAAUUGGAGACAGAGAACAGGCUGGUUAAUCAGAGACUUCUAGAAGUACAGUCCCAGGUUGAAGAACUACAGAAAUCUUUGCAGGAGCAAGGUUCAAAAGCUGAAGAUGUAAGUAGGAAUUCAAUUCUUCUGAAAAAGAAACUUGAAGAGCAUCUUGAGAAACUUCAUGAAGCUAACAAUGAGCUACAGAAGAAACGAGCUAUUAUUGAGGAUUUGGAACCAAGAUGUAAUAACAGUUCACUCAAAAUUGAAGAAUUACAAGAAGCUUUGCGGAAAAAGGACGAAGAAAUGAAGCAAAUGGAAGAGCGAUACAAAAAGUAUUUGGAAAAGGCCAAGAGUGUUAUCCGCACCUUAGAUCCUAAACAAAACCAGGGUGCAGCUCCUGAGAUUCAGGCUCUGAAAAAUCAGUUGCAAGAACGGGACAGAAUGUUCCAUUCAUUAGAGAAAGAAUAUGAGAAAACAAAGAGUCAAAGAGAAAUGGAGGAGAAGUUUAUUGUUAGUGCCUGGUAUAAUAUGGGAAUGACUCUGCAUAAAAAAGCAGCAGAAGACAGACUGGCUAGUACAGGCUCAGGACAGUCCUUCCUGGCUAGACAAAGGCAAGCCACAAGCACAAGGAGAUCUUACCCUGGUCACGUCCAGCCAGCAACAGCAAGUGAUGUGGUUGCAUGACCUGCAGCAUUAUUAUAACAGGAACUGUUCAGUGCAUGACUUGCUUUUCUGUCCAGACUGCAUAACCAAAGCUUAACCAGUUCUGCAAUUAAGACUCACGGGCAUCUGCUUUCAAAGAAAGAGGUUCGCUUGCAGAGAAGCUUACCAUCUUGGGGAGUGGCUUUCCCAUUUCCCUCUUCCAUUUUUUUCCUCUUCACAAGAAGUCUCCUACAAGGCUAAAGGAAAAGAAACACAAUAUUCAGAAGUUCAGCGAAGGCAUUCUGCACUGUCAGCUCUCCAUUUUACUUCUGUCUGUCCACUUCUGAUUAACAGUAUUAACAUACAGACUUCCUGCAACAGUUUAUAACUCAGUAUAUGAAAAAUCUAGUUUUAUGGGUUCAUAAAAAGCACCUUUGGUUAUUAUUGCAAUUUUAAAGCACCUGCACCCUUAAAGGAUCUUCUUGGAGUCUUUAAAUAAUUAAAAGUUAAGCCAAGAAAGUGUGUUCUCCCAGGAGAAAUGAAUUAUGAAUCACUGUUUGGCCAGCCUUAGAAAACCAGAGCAGGGUUCAUCUGAUAAGCUCUGAGACAGGCAAACUAUCAUGCAUUAUUUUGUUUACAGACACUGCCUGCUUCCUUAUUAUGUAUAUACCCAGUAGUUUGUGGCUGUUGUAUUUUUUCUAUUUUAGGUGUUGUCUGUUUUUUUUCAGAAACUUUUUUUAAAAUCUGUAUACAAUUGUUAAACAGUCUGAGGAAAAAACAUGAAUGGUGAUAAUGAGCAUGAAAGCAGUCUAUACUUACAGUAUUAUGCAGACUGUCCUUGCUAGCUUAUAAUUUAUUUGGAUCAUUUAUCUCUUACCUGUACUAUUUUUUCCUCUAUUUUAGCUAUUUCAUUUCCAGUUGCACUAGUGUAGCCGUUUCUUUGUAUUAUGCUAGAAGAUUUGCUGUAGUGAGACAGUAUAACUCAAUAUUUUGUGCUGCCUAAAUUAAUUUUUAAAAACUGCUUAUUUAAUAGUCUUAAAUAUCUGCAUAUUUGUACUACUGUAUUUUCAUUUUGUGCUUGGACAACCAGUACUGAUAAGUGUCUACUAGUCUCUGCAGCCACUUCUGAUCACAAAACAGCAUGAGCCUAGUCCCUGGCCCAUCAACUGAGGCAUUAGGCAGCUUGCUGCACCUCAUGCUGAGACACCUGCAUUUGUUUAGUCCUCGGGGACCCUGACACCUGCUAUGUAGGUAGUGAUAUGCAGAGUGAUUUGGAGGUACAGCUUGUCCCCACCCCCUUUUGCACAGGAAGGUCUCUGCCAUUCUAUUGGGGGGGGGGGCAGGUGAGGACUGAGUUCUAGGCAGACACUUUAGGAGAAGAGAAGGAUCAAGGUAUGAUACCAGACCCCUCUCCCCCUCCCCCUUCCUUGCAAGGAAGAGAAGUAUACAGUUUGGGCCUCUGUUCUCUCUUCUGAAUUUGGGAGCUUUGAGAGUUUCAUGGCUGCCAGGUGCUCUCUGGCUUACAGCAAUCCGGGAAGGCUCCUUGCUGUUUAGGAGAUAGAGACAUGUCCUUCCUGAUCCCCUAGUACCCAGGGGCAGUGGAAUGACUUGGCCUCUAGGGAGAAAUUGAGUUCUGGGCAAUAUAUUCAUCCAGCAGAGACAGGGAGUGCUCUGAUCAGCCUUGAGUCCUGAGGUGAGUGGUUUUGUAAAGCUGCAUGCCAAGCUUGGGCUUUUGUUCAAGGCUUAGAUCUCUUAUUAAGCAUCAGAGCAAGCUGUAUGAAAGAUGCCUUUUUUUCCUUCUUGGGAGUUUGGUGUAUGAUGCACUUCCCAUUUGCAAAGACUGCUGCUGUUAGGACCUCCCCCCCCAAAAACCACAUUAGCUGUGCAACUCCUGAUGCUGAGAGUUCUGUGUUGGGUGAGAGGAUUUGGCUAUGCUUUGUUUGUAGCCAUUUGGAUGGAUGUCCCAAGACAUAGUAGAGCUGUACCUCAUUUUUUUCCAAGUGGUCUCUGCCUUUAGUGUCCAAGUAUCAGUUGUUCUUGAGCCUGAAAGCAUUUAUAUGGUGUGCUUAGCUUGACAAAAGCUGUUCGAGUCCACUUAAUACAGCAGGGAAAUGUCAGGUGGAGCUAGUAACUUCCAGCAAAUGUGCUGGCUAUUUUAAUUAGAUUAGCCUAGCAUCUCUGUCAUUAAGUGAUUGCAAAUUUCAGUCACAACUCUGAGGUGAUCUCCAGCAUGUCUAUGAUAUACUAACUUUAUUUGUGCUGCAUAGAAAACUUUUACUGUCUAAAUUCAGGGCUGCCAAACAAGCUGUUAUUAGGCAUUGACCAGUUACCAAAAUAACUUGUUUGUGAAAUUGCCAAUGAUUCAUUUUCUGUAAGAAACUAGAUUCCUAGUGUGUCAAAACAUUAAUUUCCCAUUUCAGGUCACCUAUGAAUUCUGUAACUACCAGGGUUUCACAGUUGUGGUAUUACUAUACAUAUUUGUACAUAGACAAAGAUACUUGGUAAUGGUCAUUAGAAUGAAAACAUUUAAUAUUUUUUCCCAGUCAAAUACACUAAUGCUUCCAAAGCUAUAGAAAAGUGUACAGGUGUUAAACAAAUUGUAAAUAAAGACCUCUAUAAAAUUUUAA